CAACACAAAAGAACAACGGCUGUUUAAAAGGACCGGGAGUAAAACAAAAGGAACGAACGGCCAUCGCUGCAAAAAUCCACGUUCACGUCCCAGAAGCGCCCCCGGGAUCAGAUCGAAGGAACCCAUUUCAUUUUCAUACCAAAUAAGUUAACAAAUAAAGUGUGACAAUGGCGUCGACGCGAGCCUUCAACAUCCUGGAACAAACCAACGAAAAUCACCGAAAUGGCAAAACGACCCUGCCCGGCAAAAGCGAGCUCCGCUCCUCCAAACUGGCCCUGAAGGAUCUCACCAACAACGCCUCCUCGCGAUCGGCCUUCACCGGCAAGCAGUCUUCGGAAAUCCCCUCCAAGAAGCCCCUGCUGCAAAAGUCCGGAAGCUCCUCCUUUCUGGGCAAGAAAUCGACGGAAGCUUCCACCCAGCAGCAGCAACCAUCCACCAAGAAGCCCUCCUUCCCGUUCACAAUCUUCACGCCGGCGGACGCCGAGUACAAGUGGGGCAAGGAAAGUUGCCUCCGCGAGGAUCUGCUCGAGCAGAUGAUGGACUUCCACGGGGCCGUCUACCAGCGCAAGGUGAAGCCGAUGAAACCGCUGAAGGUCAGCAACGUGCUGCAGGACCUGCCCGAGAUCGAGAUGCCGGCGUGGACGGCGGUGGAGAGGCCGACGCGAAAGGUUCCGGCAGUGCAGCGGGAUUUGCCGGACUACUUUUUGUUCAGCGUGCCCGAGCCGGAACUGCCACAUUUGGACUUUUUGGAUUAAUUUCUUUCGCUGACUUCUGUACGCGCUUUUAUUUAUAGUUUUGCUUCUUAUUUGUAAAUUUUUCUCUCAUUACAAUACGUUACGAUGGCUAAGUUCCUAAUAAAAAUCAGUUUAAAACAAAA